AUGCGUUCUCUUCUCCUGCUCCUGGCCCUAGGGCUCUGCUACAGCUCCGUAUCAGCAGUGAUGCAAAACAUCACUGCAAAAGGCAUAGCCAUGUGUCAUAAGAAGCGAAUGCCACUUGUUCAUGUGGAACUCUAUGAAAGAGACGUCUUGGACCCAAAUGAUCUACUGGCCCAAACCUAUACUGACGCUCAAGGAGAGUUCAAACUAUAUGGAGAAGAAGACGAAGUAGCCACAAUCGAACCCUUUCUUCGCAUUUCCCACGGUUGUAUGGUAUCGAAGCCGGGCUGCAAGCGAGUAGCUGAUUAUGAAAUUCCCGCUCAUAGAAUUGGAAGCGUCUAUGAUAUGACGUAUAUACCUCUUGAUAUCGCAGUGGCUGGUGAAAGUGAAACAUGCUAG